AUGAGGAAUCUCGGCUCACUGAACCAGUUCUUGGGGAUCCAAGCUUCCACGACAGCCUCUGGUAUACUAUUACAUCAACAAACAUAUGCUCGGUCAAUCCUUGAACGUGCCAGAAUGAGCCAAUCAAAACCAAUUUCCACACCGGUCGCCUACAAGACCACAAUGACGGCAACAUCACAUGAACCUUUCUCCAAUCCGCAGCUAUAUCGCCACCCAAUCGGAUCUCUACAAUACCUCACGCUAACUAGACCGGACAUUCAGUUUGUUGUUCAUCAACUAUGCCAACAUAUGCAACGUCCACUCAAUCAUCAUUACGACGCCCUCAAACGACUUAUUCGCUACAUCAAUGGAACAACACACAUUGGCAUCCAGCUACAACCACAAAAUCUCACCUUACGCGGGUACGUGGAUGCCGACUGGGCCAGCAAUAAUCUAGACCGGAAAUCUAUCUCCAGUCACUAUAAUUUCCUAGGCAACUCACUCAUCUCCUAG